AUGACUCGCCUAGCGACCUCCGCCUUUCUGCUCGCCGCCCUCGCGCCCGCUGCCGCUUCGUGGCAACCGGGCUGGCCCGCCGAUCCCAGCGCGGGAAAAGAGAACGUCACGUGCAACCUGAAGUGGGACGUCCUCUGCGGCGACUCUCCGCUGAAAAAGUAUCCCUGCGCCCAGCCAUGGAACCGCGAGAUCGUGCACGAGUACCUGGAGAAGGCAAUCGCCGUGGAGUUCUUUACCAUUCCACUGUACUUGACGGCUGGCUACUCUCUGCACAAGUCGCAGCAGGUCAUGUUUGGCCAGCCAGGCUACGAGGACGCCGUGAAGGUUCAAGCCAACGGAAGGUACGUCGACACUGACAGUAAGAAGGUCAUGCCCAUCAACAACAGUUUCACGCCCUACGAGCUCAUCCACGCCACUUUCAUCGACGAGAUGUACCACCUCAAGUGGGUCGCCAACGUGGCGAGUGCUGCAGGACUCGAUGCAGACGGCUUUCGGCGUGCGCUCAAAAAGCCCCCCCUUACCAACGGCACCUACCUGGACCAGCUGCCAGUCCGGCUGAGUAGCAACAACCUCACGUACUCUGGAUCCGGCGCGCUUGACUCUGUUAUCAAGACGAUGGUCGCAAUCGAGACACCCGACCCCGAGCACGCUCCAAACCCAGACUUUGAGUAUGGAGAGUUUGCUUAG